UCAACCCGCGGAGAGGGGCGGAUCGCCGAGGUGUUGUUGGCCAAAAUGGCGCUGGCGGCUGCGGCGGCCGCAAUUUGGGGGCCGAGUCGGUGCUUGCGCCAGGCUGGCGUCUUGCUGCUGCGGUGGCCUGGCGUUCGGGGGCUGGCUAGAUGUCACCCGCAGAGGCAAGAGCAGCACUUUUCAUCCCUGGAUGACAAGCCCCAGUUCCCAGGGGCCUCGGCAGAGUUUAUAGACAAGCUAGAAUUCAUCCAGCCCAAUGUCAUCUCUGGAAUCCCCAUCUACCGUGUCAUGGACCGGCAGGGCCAGAUCGUCAACCCCAGCGAGGAUCCGCACCUGCCCCAGGAGAAGGUUCUCAAGUUGUAUAAGACCAUGACGCUGCUCAACACCAUGGACCGCAUCCUGUAUGAGUCCCAGCGCCAGGGCCGGAUCUCCUUCUACAUGACCAACUACGGCGAGGAGGGGACACACGUGGGCAGCGCGGCAGCCCUGGACAGCACAGACCUGGUGUUUGGCCAGUACCGGGAGGCAGGUGUGCUGAUGUAUCGGGACUACCCGCUGGAGCUGUUCAUGGCCCAGUGCUACAGCAACGCGAGCGACCUGGGCAAGGGGCGCCAGAUGCCCGUCCACUAUGGCUGCAGGGAGCGCCACUUUGUCACCAUCUCCUCUCCGCUGGCCACGCAGAUCCCGCAGGCGGUGGGGGCAGCCUAUGCGGCCAAGCGGGCCGAUGCCAACAGGGUGGUCAUCUGUUACUUCGGUGAGGGGGCGGCCAGCGAGGGGGACGCCCACGCCGGCUUCAACUUUGCCGCCACCCUUGAGUGCCCCAUCAUCUUCUUCUGCCGGAACAAUGGCUACGCCAUCUCCACGCCCACCUCGGAGCAGUACCGCGGGGAUGGCAUCGCGGCUCGAGGCCCUGGGUACGGCAUCAUGUCAAUCCGAGUGGAUGGCAACGAUGUGUUCGCCGUGUACAACGCCACCAAGGAGGCCCGGCGGCGGGCCGUUGCAGAGAACCAGCCCUUCCUCAUUGAGGCCAUGACCUACAGGAUCGGGCACCACAGCACCAGCGACGACAGCUCCGCCUACCGCUCUGUGGAUGAGGUCAGCUACUGGGACAGGCAGGACCACCCCAUCUCCCGGCUGAGGCACUAUCUGCAGGGCCGUGGCUGGUGGGACGAUGAGCGGGAGAAGGCUUGGAGAAAGCAGUCCCGCAGGAAGGUGAUGGAGGCCUUUGAGCAGGCGGAGCGGAAGCCAAAGCCCAGCCCCAGCCUGCUCUUCUCAGACGUGUAUCAGGAGAUGCCUGCCCAGCUCCGCAAGCAGCAGGAGUCCCUGGCCCGUCACCUCCAGACCUACGGCGAGCACUACCCCCUGGACCACUUUGAGAAGUGAGGCCUGCUCACCCCACGCUGCCCAGACAGGCAGCCCCACUCUGGGGGCUGGAGGGAGCUGGCAGACACCACGCCCCUCCACACCCAGCUCCCGCCAGCACCCUCAGGCCAGGCUAUCCUCCCCGUCCUUGUUUUCUAGGCUGUUACAUCGGGCGCUCUGUGGGCCCCCUCUUCACCUGUUGUCACAGUGCCUUCCCCCAGGGCUGGGCGAGGGCACCUGCGGGACUAGAGACCCCUCCGGGCUGGGGGCGGACAGGCAGUCAGCCUGUGGAACCUACUCCCAGGGAGAGGUGCUCAGCAGGUAGUGAAUAAACUGUCUCUGCCUUUAGCUCAA